GUGUUUGUACUACUCAGCAUGUCGCUACCACAGGCAUUGCACCUUUCGGCUGCCCUUGCUAUAGUCAAGUCAAAACCGAAACACCUAACCAUACAAGAUUAUGUUCAAACUCUAUGCGCCUCCAUUCAAACCGUUCACCACAAUGGCCAGACUUUGCGGCGCUUGAAUCACUCUACGUUUUGGCAAAAACAGCACGACAAUCUGCAUGGGGCGCUCGGGAAAGAGCUGGACGCCAUGUUCGUUCUUCAGAAAGAGAAUGAAGCACUGCAAGCCCGAGUCACCCAGCUUGUAGCUCGCUCAAAACCUGGUCGAAAACGUAAGAUGAUAGAACAAGAAGAGCCCGAGACAGUCAAGAAGAUAAAAGCGGCUUCUUUCGCCAUAGCAGAGUUUGGCCCUGCGGCCGAUGUNGGAUCUAGGUCUCAUUUCCUUACGGCAUGUCAAUUCCAGCGCUAA